ACCCUCGGAGCGGGUGGCGCCGCCAUGGCGUGCGCGGGGCUGCUCGCGGUGUGCCUGCUCCAGCCGUCAGCGCCCGAGUCCCCGCGGCUCCCCGCGCCCGCGCCCGCGCCCGCCGCCGGGCCCGCGGGACACGCGCUCUUCCAGGACGUUUUCCGCAGAGCAGACAAGAAUGACGACGGUAAGCUCUCAUUCGAGGAGUUCCAGAGUUACUUUGCCGAUGGGGUUCUCAGCCCAGGGGAACUUCGGGACCUGUUCAGUGGCAUUGAUGGGCACCCCACCGACAACUUAGAAACAGAGAAACUGUGUGACUACUUCUCAAAGCACCUGGGUGUCUACCGGCCUGUGCUGGCUGCGCUGGAGUCGCUGAACCGUGCGGUGCUCAAUGCCAUGGAUACCACCAAGCUGGAGUAUGAGCAGGCUUCCAAAGUGGACCAGUUUGUCACACGCUUUCUGCUGCGGGAGACAGUGAGCCAGUUACAAGCCCUGCAGAGCUCGCUGGAGGGGGCGUCGGACACCCUGGAGGCCCAGGCCCGUGGCCUGCGGUCAGAUGAAGAGAAUGUGGAAGUGAAGAGCAGACCCCGUGGCAGCCGGCGGGCAGGACGCAGAGCCCUGAGGAGUGUCAGUCGGUCACCUACCUGGUCUCCUGGCUCCGCUGACAUAGGGCGGAGCUCGGAGGCAGAGAUGCAGUGGCGACUGCAAGUCAACCGUCUCCAGGAGCUCAUAGACCAGCUUGACUGCAAGGCUCCUCGGCUGGAACCCCUGCAUGAAGAGGACCUUGUCAAGAGUCCCAACUCGCACAUCCUCAUGGCCCAGAGGCAAGUGCAGGUGGCAGAGGAGGCCCUGCAGGACUUCCAUCGAGCCCUGUGCUGCUAUGUGGACUUCACGGGGGCUCAGAGCCAGUGUCUGCAUGUGUCUGCCCAGAAGAUGCUAAACAAUGCCUCCUUCACCCUGUAUGAGUUCUGGCAGGACGAAGCCUCCUGGAGAAGGCACCAGCAGUCACCCUGCAGUAAGGCCUUCCAGCGCAUCCUCAUUGACCACCUGCGCACUCCGGACACCCUCACCACUGUGUUCUUCCCAGCCUCCUGGUGGAUUAUGAAUAAUAACUGAGCCUGACCUGCUUAAGCCAAGGACCCUGAGGCCCUGCUUAACUCCUAGAACCUUCUGCACUGGUCGAUUCAGCACGGAGACCCAAGGACCCUGCCUACUCUUAGACCUGGGGCCUGGCCAGCUGGUGGAAGGUCUCUCAGCCCAGAGAGCAGGCACUGGGCUGCUUGCUUUCUGUUGAUUUAUUUAUCAGUGUAUUCUAUUGUUUGUAGCUUCCAAGGUACAAGGUACCUGGGCUUCUGCCUGGCUCAGGAGGCCUGUAUUCUGGUCCCCUCUGCCCCUGCCUAGUGGUGUGGCUCAGGCAGGUCCCUGAACUCUCUGACUGCCUAGUGGUGUUCUGUUUUUUCCUGCUGUCUCGGGAAAGAGCUUUUGCUGUUCCGCACCCAGCAGUAGAACCAAGGCUGAUGCUCAGGGAUCCCCAAGCCCUCGAACCUCAACCACUGAGGCUGGGCCAGAUCAGUCUGCUGUGCAGAGUAAGGACCUGGGUCGCCCCAUCAUCCCACUAGGUUGGCACUAACUUUUCCAGCAACCAUGUCUACACUAGAGACCUCUGGAGGAUCCUGGGUUGGUUUGCAUGUCAUUUGCAUAACAUUUGCAUGUGCAUACCCCACCCAUUCUCAGGGCACUAUGGGAAGCCUCAAAGUCACCUUGCAAAGUAGCAAUAAUUUGGGUCUAGACUUGCCUGCUGCCCCCAGAGAUCUCGUGAACCCCAGCCCGGGAGCCCAGCACGGAGGCAAUAAAAGGCG